GACAUGACUUUAAAGGCGCAUUUGAAACCUUUGCGUUGCAGUUCAGAGUCGCGGCCAGUCGGUGCCAUCGCGACGCAAGAGCAGCGGGAGCUAAGCCGACCCACGGAGGACACCACCACCACCACGCAGGCGGCGGCGAGACACAAACCGGCGAGGUGCACGACGACAGCUCGCACGAAACAACAUUAAUGAAGCUUUCCGAGCCUUUUUGAUUCAUCAGCCAAUCGAUGGGGAUUUCACGAGGAGCUCCGCCCACCAACUCCGCCGCCUGCCCGCCCACCUCCACCUGCGGCCUCCCCUUCCACUCCACCCACUUCCCCCAGCCCUCCAUACACAAAAUGACAUUCACCCAAUGGUUUUCUAUAUGGAUUUUUACGCCCUGUAAUAGACAAAAACAAAAGUAAGGCGAGAGCGGUAAACGACCUCAAUGACCAAUUUGCCAUAAAUGCACGACACGCACACACACAUGCACACACACACACACGCAGACACUCCAGAUUCAUACCACACGCCUGCAUACAUCAUCCAAGAGAAACUUGCACAAACUUUGAAUGUUAAGCUCUCUCUGUGAAAAUUCAGCUGCUUCCUAUUUUUAUUGAGGGGAUUUUUUCUGGGAAAGCUGAUUUUGUCAGGGUAUUUGAGUUUUGUUUCCUUCUAUUUGGAGGACAUAGAAAGCGGCGAGGAAGAUGUUAGGAAAAGUUGCAUUUUGAAUCCUUUUUCUGCAGGUCCUUCACUUGCAUCCAAUAGAGAUUAAUUUGACAGAGAUAACGACAGGCUUUUGAAUUGCAGCACUUUAAAUCGUUUUGUUUGUCAGGUAUCCGUCUAAUAUCUGCAAGCAGAUUAUUAGAGGAGGUUUGUUAACUAAUUGAGUUUAAAAGUAAAUUUCAGCCGGACGCUUUUGGGAUCAGCAUUUGUCCCCUCCCACUCCGAGGCUUGCAUGCACCCUCCCGCCAUGCCUCCCCAAAGCACGAGCACUGACGCCAUGCAGGUGGGAUCACUGGUGGCCAACACCGAGGCCAAAACCUCCACGGACCAAGACGAGGGCGGAGACACCAUCGGAUCGUCGGGAGCGGGCGGCGGCGGCGAGGAGCUGGUGAGCGAGGGUUCCAUCGAGGGCAUCCCCCUGAAGAGAUGGGUGAUGCACGGCGCCAUCAUGUUCGGCCGGGAGUUCUGCUAUGCCAUGGAGACGGCGCUCGUGACGCCCGUUCUGCUGCAAAUCGGUCUUCCAGAGCAGUACAACAGCUUGACGUGGUUCCUCAGCCCCGUCCUGGGCCUCAUCUUCACCCCGCUGAUCGGUUCCGCCAGCGACCGCUGCCCUCUGCGUUGGGGUCGCCGGAGACCUUUCAUCCUGGCCUUGUGCAUCGGGACGCUGAUCGGAGUGGCCCUCUUCCUGAACGGAGCCCUCAUAGGCAGUUCACAAGGAACUACUUCCUGUUUGCUUCCCCCUUUCAACCAAUGACGGUCCACUUCCUGUCUGGAUUGUCUCUGGGUGACGUUCCGGGGAAACAGCCCUUAGGAAUUAUUCUGACCGUGCUGGGAGUGGUGGUGUUAGACUUCUGCGCCGACGCAACAGAGGGGCCCAUAAGAGCGUACCUUUUGGACGUGGCUGACACGGAUGACCAAGACAUGGCACUCAACAUCCAUGCUGCCUCGGCAGGUCUCGGCGGCGCCGUGGGCUACGCUCUGGGCGGUCUGGACUGGACUCACACCUUCCUGGGAGCCGUCUUCAAGUCUCAGGAGCAGAUCCUGUUCUUCUUCACCUCCAUCCUCUUCUCUAUAUCGGUGGUGCUGCAUCUGUUCAGCAUCGACGAGCAGCCCUACAUCCCCUUGCAUGUCCGGCUGGAUCUGGAGAGCCCAGCGCCGAGCCACCCGCAUUCGUCUUCCAACAGCCGCGCCAGACUUCCCACUCCGAGGCUGGAAAUGAUCGAAGAGGACAAAUCCAUGGACAGCUUCGACCUUUACGACGCCUACAGGGACGAUCUGUCCGAACCGGGAGAUAUGGAGAUGGGAUUCCUGGAGGUGGCGCUCACGAGGAGUAAAAGCGACAGCGUCCUCGCCGUGACGGACGCCACCUCAGACCACGCGGACCACGAUGCCUUGUUCCUUUGCCACAUCGAGCCGUCCAUCUUCACCGACCGCCUCUCGCCCUUUCACGGCUCUCCCCCUGCUAACCGUAUCACGCCGCCUUGCCGGCUCGCCAGCAUGCGGCGCAGCAGUAGCAGCGCAGAGAGUCGGGAUCCGCUGCACUCCCAAAGCCCAAAACGGGAUGGCGGCCCCACCAAGAUUUGCCGCCUCUCGGCGUUCUUGCAGGAGAUGGAGGACGACGAGGGCCACGAGGCCUUGCUCAACAACCAGCUGAACGAGCAGCGCACCCCAAACGGGCCCUUGCUGGCGUGCGUCGAUGUCACAAACACGGCCGAUGGGUUGAGCGCAAAAGGACAUGUGCAUCGGGCCGCAAUGGUUAAAGCUGCCAGCACCGACGCUCCCAGGCGGCCGUCACGCCACCAUCACACUUUCUACCGUCAGCCAUCUUGCACGUUUUCCUACUACAGCCGCGUGGGCAGCCACCGCGCCCACUCCCGCUGCGCUAACGUCGCCUUCCUCAUCAAGCUGUCGCGCAGCAUGAACGACCUGCACGAGGUGGAGGCGAGACGCAGGCGUCGGAGCCACCAGCGCCAGCGACACCGCAGCGACAACACCAAUUUAUCCAGCGGUGACGCCGAGAGCGAGGAAGGCGAGGUGGAGACCACCGUACGGCUCCUUUGGCUCUCCAUGCUGAAGAUGCCACCCGAGCUGCUGCGCCUGUGCGCCUGUCACCUGUUCACCUGGUUCUCAAUCAUCGCCGAGGCCGUCUUCUUCACCGACUUCAUGGGACAAGUUAUCUACCACGGAGAUCCCAUUGCUCCUGUCAACUCCACCGCUUUGAUGAAUUAUCACAAAGGCGUUCAAAUGGGAUGUUGGGCUCUGGUUAUAUACGCCAUGACAGCUGCCACAUGCUCAGCCCUCCUUCAAAAGUACCUUGACAACUUUAAUUUGAGUAUCAAAGUCAUCUACAUCUUGGGAACGCUUUCCUUCUCCAUCGGAACUGCUGUUAUGGCCAUAUUCCCUAAUGUGUAUGUUGCCAUGGUGAUGAUAAGCAGCAUGGGCAUCUUGUCUAUGAGUAUCUGCUAUUGUCCCUACGCCUUGCUUGGACAGUACCACGAAAUGAAAGAGUACACCAAUCACAGUCCCGGUAGUUCCCGAAGAGGAUUUGGUGUUGACUGCGCCAUCUUGACCUGCCAAGUGUACAUCAGCCAAAUCCUGGUGGCUUCGGCCGUGGGUUCCAUCGUGGAAGCGGUGGGCAGCGUACGCGUCAUUCCCGUCGUGGCCUCCGGGGGCUCUCUGUUGGCAUUCUUCACUGCUUGCUUCCUGGUCAUUUAUCCUUCAAAUAGCGGGGAUGCGGCAUCGUCCAAAACGUCGGAAAACGAGGAGUUGACCACGGUGACCAAUUCCAAUGAAAGAGUGAAGGGAAAACCCAGCUUCUUGAAACUCAACAAGGCAGGCAAGGCUACCACCGCUAUCAUCGCCGGCACUUCCUGUCACACGGAGAAUGAAUCUGCACUGUGAUUGGCCACGAGUGCAGCAAGGUGCAAUAAUCAUUGUCAUCAUAAUAAUAAUCCUUCUGCUCCGGGGAUGACGCUGUCCAAAUUCCAAUGUGAGUACUCAGCAGGGAAAAAAAAAAAAAAAAAAAAAGCUGGGGGGGGUCUCUCGGGGGCGAUACCUGGACAGGAAACCUCAGGGGGACUGUGACACGCACGCACACAAACAAACAAACGUUAGCGACCAUCUCAAAGCUGCAGUUGACAACAACCACAAAAUCGUCGUUCUUCCUCACUGUGGAUGGAAAUGUUUUGCUCUGCUGAAGCUUUAAGACUCUUUACAAAACUUUCAUACUUGAAAAACGAGAGCCCGAAGCCUGCUCGUGGGUGGAAAACAAAAUCGAAUGAGAAUAUUAAGACAGCCUCAACAUUGACUGCAAUGGAUGUCUGAAUUUGGUCGUUCCAGGACAACGGAAGACAAACGAGAAGCGUGAGCGUGGAGCUGACUAUCAUCAAAUAUCCUUAAUCGAGCGAAAAGUGAAAUUCCACAAUACCGUAUGAAAAUAUAUAUACAUGCAGUAUACAGGGCAUUAUAAUCCCAAAUAAUUUUUUGCAUGACCUCGUGAGAUAAUCAGACAAAAUGCUGCAUGUUGGCAGGCGAGAGCGUUUUUGCUCGCUUUUCUGCUGCUUCUUGUUAGCUUUUGUGAAAUGCAGGUGACAUGAUAGCUCUUACUAAUAACUACGCAACAGCUAAGCUAUCAUCGUAUAAAUCUUUUUCAAGCUGUUCUUGAUUAGCUCUACAGAUAUAUUUUGGAAGAGAAGGAAAAAAAAAAAGCAAUCUCAGUGUUUUUUUUCCUUGUCUUCUGCCAUAGCCUGGAAUGUUACCCGCCGCGCUCACUCGGCGUUCUUGGGAGCUUGAGUUCCGACUUUUUUUUUUAGCAGGUUACAUGUUGAAGAAUGUUUCGAGAAUUAUUUUAAUGACGGAGGCACUGGCCGACUUUGCACAAAUCUUUGCACAUGAAAAUGUAAAGAAACAAAAACAGCUGUGGAUAUUUAUUAUUGUUUAGCUUGGCUUCCCUCAUGUUAUUUUUUCAGGUGAAAUCUACAUUGGGAGGAUUUUGUGAGCAGGUAUGCUGGAUAUAAAAAGUCUACACCCCCCUGUUCAAGUGCCAGGUUUUUGUGAUACAAAAAAAUAUAUAUAAAAAAAAAAAAAAACUGGCAUUUGAAAAGGGGUGUGCAGACUUUUGAUGUGUUGACAAGUCAUUGCUGGUUUCAGUUUUUUUCUCUCACUUGGUUUUCAUCCACCUUUCAAGUUGUAAUCGUUUGCAUCAGGAGUCUUUCACUUUUAUGUUACUGUAUUUUAUUUGCUUUAAAAUGUUUUGGUAUUUGUUGUAGGCUUAUUUUUUCUAUCCGGGAUUUUCUAGUUUUGUUGAUGUUUUAUUUGGUAUUUGUUUUUUGUUCAUUUCUUUAAUUUACUUUAUCUAAUUUUAUCGCAGGUGUGGGAGUCUGCCACCCUGCCCCAAAUGUUUUAUUUACUUUUAAUUGUAAUGUGAGGUCAGAGCCACACGUACACAACUAAGAGUUUGCACUGUCCAGCGGAGGCCAUGUUUGGUCCACCAUUCACCAUAGCGACGACACCUCGAUCACAUUUGUGACUUCUUGUGGCGUUAAGAGUAAAAUAUACGUAAGAAAUUAGAUGAAACGACUUAAAGAAUGGGAAAGCAAAAUGUUACAUGCCUUGUUAUCUAAAAGAGUUGUAAAUAUACUUAAUUUUCCUCUUUUUUUUUGCUGCUAUGAAAAAAGAUGAUUAUUUUUGGUAGUGGUAUUGUUUUGUAUGAAAAGACUAAUGAGAUAUAUAGAUAUACGUGCGUGUGUGUGUGUGUACAUGUAUAUAUGUAUAUAGAUAUCUAUGCAUAUAUAUAUAUAUAAAAUGUACAUUAUUGAGUAUAAAUGGAGAUUAGGACUCUGGAUGAACACACUGUAUUGAAUGCACCUAUAGAAAAGAUUUAAAAGUCUGUUGUGAGAUAAACCAA